AUGGCCAGUAAGUACCAGAACUUUUUUGCCGCCCUUGACUCGGAUGAGGAGGACGCGCCUCGCGUGAGCAAGAAGGUGGCGCCGCCUUCCUCGACUCCUGUGGCACUGAACAAGCCUGCCGCUGGCAACAAGAAGGCGGGCAACAAGAAGACCUUUGACACGGACAAGAAGGAAGGCCGCGGACCCCGUGAGGGUGACAAGGCUCCUCGUGAGCGUCGUGAGGGAGGGGAACGACGUGAAGGAGGUGAAGGUGCUCGUGCUCCUCGAGAGCGUGGAGACCGUGGCCGAGGCAACCGUGGUCCUCGUCGGGACUUUGAGCGUCGCAGCGGCACGGGUCGUGGCAAAGAGACCAUCAAGCAGGGUGGGGGUGCCCACAAUUGGGGCAACAAGGCUGACCCGAACGAGCAGCUGGCGGAGGCUGAUGUGCAGGAGGGUGGUGCCAAGCCCACCUCGGAUGAGGAGACGGCUCCUGCUGGGGAGGAGGCUGCUCCUGAGGAGGAGGAGGAAGAGGAGGAGAUUCAGCUCACCUACGACGAAUACCUUGCCAAGCAAAAGGAGUCUCGCUCGGGCGAGCUCUUUGCGGAUGUUGAGGUUCGCCAGGUCGCCAACGAGUUCACGAGCGCGGUGCUGAUCACGAAAGAUGGUAAGACACCCGACUUUAUGGACUCGCAGUACGAGAAGGUGUACAGCAAGAAAACAUCUGGCCGCAAGAAACAGCUCAUCACGGACGUGGGCUUUCGCACGGAGAAGCCGGAGCGCUUUACGCGUGACUUUGACUCGUCGCGUGGCGGCCGCGGUGGUCGUGGUGGUCGAGGUGGUCGUGGCAAUGGCCGUACCGGUGGCCGUAAUGGCCGUGGUGGCAACGUUCCGAACGUGACGGACAUGAGCGCGUUCCCCAGCCUCGGCUAA